AUAGAUCUUUUGAAAAUAAAGCGCCUUACACAUGUGAACGUGUCAAAGUGAAAAGAAAAUACCCUUACCCUCUUGAGACAGUUAUAGGGUCUGUACGAUGAAUGUAUGAUAUGGCAGGCAGUCAAGAUUUACUGAAAGAAACAGUUUUCCAACUUCUAUUACACAACCAAAACUUGGAUAAGACCCUUUCUGAGGUAUCAUCAUUUCGACAGGCAUGCAAGGAUGACAAUGUUUUACUGACUGGUUUGGCAGAAUUUGGCUGUUUGCCAAUAUUGAAGUCAAAUGAUCUGCCAGAUGGGCAGUUUCAUAGUACAGAGAUAUGUAUGGAGAGAGUUGUAUCCCUUUAUUCUGACAGUGGCAAAAUAUCAGAAGAUAAAACAGCAGAAGUUCAAUCAUUAUUGCUGAUGAUGAAACAGUUGAAAGAUACAGGCAAGCUGAAUGUUUCAAGAUUGAAUGAUAAACUGCAUGGAUUGCCCAGAAUUCCAUUACAUUUCAUGUGGACUCUUCACAAAGAAGGCAUCUUUAGUAUUGAGCAAUAUUUCUGCAUACAAAAAGAUAGAGCAGUUACUGGGGAGAUAUUUGUUUCAAAAAUGUGCCAGGCUUGUGAAAAUAGACAAUAUGAUGUAAUAUCAGGUGUACUGACUGAGCUAUUUAAUCUCGGAUUUUCAGAGGACAAAGCCAGUAAACCAAGUGUUGGCAAUUUGGCUGUUACUGUUGUUGAUCAGUUUUUCAUUAGUAUAAUAGAAGAUGCUGUCAAGAAGGGUAACUCAGAUGAUAAUGUGAAGAAUGAAAAACUGUUUAUCUCCCUUUCUAGUGUGCAGCUUGAUGUAUGUACAAUGAAGAGUGUGUGUACCCAUGUGUUGACAGUUAUUCUCGGUCAUAAACCUGUACUUAAAGUGUCUCAAGCUAUACGAGAGCAAGAGAAAUGGGCUUAUGGGAAAAUUUCAUCAUCUGUCACACAGUUAUAUAAACAAUUUCUGUUACCAUUUGAAGUGUCUGAGGUGUUGCUAUUAUUAAGACAGAUUCUGGAACAACAGGAAGUGAACUGGCAACUCCUUCUGUCAUUUGUAUCUGUUACAAUGGUGUGUAUGCCAGAAACAGCUAAACUUUUCCUUGAGUUCACAGAUGGUUUACUGCAGGAAGGUUUAGACAGUUGUGAGAUGGAAACAACCAUUAUGGGUAUUCUACUAUCAAGGCAGGCCUGUUUUCAGGGACCACAUGUCUUCCUUUCCUAUUCAGACUGGUUUCAGAGAACAUUUUCUGAGGGGUCAAGGUCAUUGGCAAGUACUAGGAAAAGUUUCACAUUUUUGAUGAAAUUUCUCACAGACCUGGUACCUUAUGAGUCAGCUCAACACAUCAAGGUUCACAUUUUACACCCACCAUUUGUACCUAGUAAAUGUAGACAGCUUCUGACAGAUUAUAUUGUACUUGCCAAGACAAGAUUGGAAGAUCUCAAG